AUGAGCAAAGCUUUCGGCGAAGUCAAUGUCACCAACUUUGUGUCUCAGACGGCCGUCAACAUGCGCAAGUCUGUAGGAGUCCCCAGCGACGAGAUGGGAGAAUUUGUUUCGGCCACAUACUUGGUUCACCCGAAACUGACCUCGGCUGGUCCACUUUCCGAUGCGGAAUGGUUGGCAGCCAGUUCGAGCACCAAGGCUUUCGCCGAGACCGCCGCCACCUUACAAGACCAACCUAUCGGUCUUCUCAGGUAUCUGCCCAGUGUCAGGAAGUGGCUUUUGUCUAAACUCGGCCAGCGCCGCGAUUGCUCCCACGAAGUGAGCAACGUCGGCGCCUUCGAAGGUGCGACUCGCGACGGUGAGAAGAAAGCUACAAUCACGCACGUUGUCUUUUCUCAGCCGGGUCAUGUGUCGAGUGCCCCGAUAUGCUUCAACAUAUCUAGCGUAAAGCAAGGGCCUUUGGUGUACACAGUGACCUGGCCAACUGGUGCAUUGGGUGUUCCCGAGGUCGAAGAGGACGCCGUGGUAGACACGAUCUGCACGUCCAUUCAAGCCGACUUCGAAGCAAUCGAGCACAUGCAGUGCUGA